AUGAAUAGUAAUAAUAAUAAUGAAAUAAUAGUAAACAAAAAUGAUAAAGAAGAAUUAUCUUUAUCUACAACAACAACAAAUAUAUCAUUUUCUAGAAGAGAUUUAGAUAAUCAACAACAAUUGGGAAGUCAUAAUAAUCCCAAUAUAACGAUACUUGAAGAGGAACAAUAUGUAGAUGCAAUGUCAAAGAUUAUACAAAGAGACUUUUACCCAGACCUACCUCAUUUAAAACAACAAUUGGAAUGGAUGGAUGCACUCGAAUCAAAUGAUACAACUAGACUUCGAACCAUUCAAAUGGAAGGAAUCAAGAGAGCAACUACAGAUUAUCAAAGAAGAAAUUUACAAGCUACACCUCAAUCAUUUGAUACUCCUAGAAAUGAAAGAGAUAGAGAAAGAGAAGGAAUGGUUGAUUGUGUACAGCAAGAAGAAGAGAUAUCAUUACCAAUAGACAUUACAAAAGAUUAUGGGUUGGAUGAAUUUGUAGCAAAUUUUAGUAGUCAAGAUGAUCAAUCCUACAUGAAACUACAAGACAUUCAAAAGCAACGAGAUAAAAAUAGAGCAUCGUAUCGAUGGAACAAUGAAAAAAAGAAUCAACAAAAUCAACUAUUAUUAACAAACGAUAAACCAAAUCAACCUCAAACUUGGUCCUAUACAAUUAAAAAUCAAUUAAUGUUUAUACCAGAUAGUAAUAAUAACAGUAAUAAUAGUAUAUUACCAAAAAAAGAAAUUGUACAUUCAAAUACAAAAAUAACAAUUGUAGAUAAAGAUUUGGAUGAACAAGAAAUGAUGAAUCAGCAUAAUCAGCCGACACCAAUGAUGGAAUUAUUAUCAACACCUUCAAUUAUACCUGGGAUUAGUGGUAGUGGUGAAUCAUCACCAAUGAUGACAUGGGGAAAGAUUGAUGGUACACCACAAAUAUUACAACCUCAAACUCCUAUUCCAUCUUCAUUAAGAGACAAUGAUGAUGGAGAGUAUAAUAGUAAAGUACCAGCUUUUAAAAUACCACAAACACCAAAAAGAGAAAAAUUAGCAAAUCAAUUAUUACUUCAAACUCAAAAAUCAAAACAACGUACAAUUAAUAGUAAUAAUAGUUCACCAUUGAGUAAAUCAAAUCUACUUGGUGGAAAUAGUCCAAUUUAUAAUCCAAUAUUUAAAAAAAACAACACUCUUCAAAAAUCACCAUUAUCAAACAACAAAUCAUUUCAAUCAUUAUCACCAGCCGCUAAACAUUUAUUAUCUAUACGUUCAUCUCCAAUGAGAAAACCAAUAAUAAAUCAAAAUAAUAAAAAAUAA